AUGGGAAAGAAAGAAAAGGUUUUCUUUGAGGAGGAAGAUGAUAACAAGAAUGAGGAGAUAUAUAAUAGCGAUUAAGAUGAUUAAGAUUAAACUCCUUAAAACAAAUCACAUUCAAACAAUUCUAAUUAAGUAGGCGCAUAGUCUAAAAAAGGAGCUGUUUAAGAUAAAUCAGCUAAAAAUUCUAAAGUCACAGCAUCAAAAGGAAAUCAAAAGAAGAAAUCAUAAGAAGUAGAUUCAAAAGCUCCAAAGAAAGGGAAAGCUAUUUCAAAAGGCAAAACUAAUAAAAAAGGAAAAGACAAAGGUGGUGCCGCUUCUAAAAAAGGAGGUAAAAAGAAAGUACAAAAAGGUAAAAAAGGAGAAAAGGCUCCAGUGAAAGGUUCAGCUACUAAAAAAAAAGGAGGUGCUUAAGAUAAGAAAAAAGCAGAUAAUAGCGCUCUUAAAAAGACAAAAAAAAUUUCAUAGGGUAAAGCAGAAAUCAUAGAAGAUGAAAAAGAAGAAGUAUUUAAUGAUGAAAGUAAUGCAACUCCUCCUUAAUAUAGCUAAACAAAUGCUACUUCUUAUUAAAGCGAUAAUAUCUCAAAGCUAAAAAAAAAACCAGCUGCAAAAGCUAGCAAUAAAAAAACACAAUAAACUCUAGCUGCAUCUAAAUUAAAAACGCAAAAAGAGGAAUAAGGAGAAAAAUCUUCUAGUUUGAAAGCAUUUAGCAGCAUAAUUAAAGACAAAAAGAAUGGAAAAAACGUUCCUUUCCAGCCUACAGAAAAUAAAGAGAGUGAAGAAAUAGAAAUAGAACCUGAGACAGAUGAAUAAGAAUCAGAUCCUAAUUAGCUUAAAAAGAAGCUAGGUAAAUCAGAUUUAAAUACUGAGCAUCAAAAUGGUGGAAAUUAAGUAAAAGAUGAUAAAAAAGGUUAAUCUGAAUCAUCUUUAAAAAAUAGAAGCAAGGUCUUAGUUGAUAGUAAAAAACCUAAUUCGAAGCUUUAUAAAAAUGAUAAUGGUCAUGAAUAAAGUACUACUUCUAAAGGGUCUAAGGUAUCUGCUAUUAAAAACAUAAGAAAGGAUAGUUUAGAUAUGGAAUUAGACAAUACUUUAGAAAACGAAGAGGAUGAAGAAGAUAUUCUUUCAGGUUCUGAAGAUUCUGAAAAUAGCUAAAACAGUGAUAAUAUAAAAACAAACAAAAAAUAAUUGGACAAGAAGAAAAGCGAUAGUUUAUCAUCAAAACUUAAAAAUAAAGCUGAUGAAAGUGAAGAUGAUGGAGAAGGAGAAGACAAUGAAGAAGACGAUGAAGUUGAUGAUGACGAAGAAGACGAAGAGAAUGGUGAUGAGGAUGAUGAUGAUGACGAAAAUGAAGGUGAUGAUGAAGAAGAUAACGAUGAAGACGAAAGUAGUAGUGAAGAAGUAGUUUAGGCUGUAAGAACAAUGACAUUUCGUAGUAGAAGAGGUGAAGGCAUCAAAAAGCUUAUGGAGUUAUAAAAAAGAAAUGAAGGAUUCGGAGAUGAUUUAGAUGACUUUUGGAAAGAAAAUAAAUAUUUUGGUAAAAUAACUGAAGUUACAAAGGCUAAUGAUGAAGAAGAAGACGAAGAUUUUAAUGAAGAAGAGUUUAAAGACGUAAAGGAUGUAUUCGAUAGUGAUUUUUAAGACACUAGUGAUUUAGAAGAUGAUGGCGAUGAUGAUUCAAAUAUGUCAGAUGAAGAUUCAGACAGCGAGAAAAAGAAAAAACGUAAUAAAGAUAAGCCUAGCUAUUUAAUGAAAAAAGAUGAUGUUAUUAGAAAAGAAUAAGAAAAAAUAGCAAAGCAGAGACAAAAAUAAAAAGCUGAGCGCUUGAAAUAGCUCGAUACCUAAGAAGAAAAUGAAAUUUAAAUAUCUUAAAAGAUAUAAAAGGAGAAAAGAGAGGCAUAGAUCACAAUUUAGCUUGAAAAACGUACCUUAAGAUAAAGCACAAAUGAAAAAUCUCUUUUAUCUCAAAGUUAGCUUUCUCCUCGUUUAAAAAAGAAAUUGCGCUUAAACGAAGAUGGAUCUGUAGACAUUAAUGGGUAAUAAGGAGAGUAAGGUGGAUAAGCACAGGGUGCUGGAGGCAAAAAGAAACGUUAUAUCCAUGAUUUCUUGACCUAAGAGUAACUAUUAAAAGAAGCUGUUUUUACAGAAUUUGUGAAUAGAAAAUAAUUAGAAGACUUACUUCGUUUGGAAGAAGAGAAAAAAUAAUUCUCUUUAAGUAAAAAAUUUAUAGACGAAGGACCUAAGAUAAUAUAUAAAAACUCUGCUAAAACAGAUGAAAAUUUAAUCAUAUAUCCAACAUAAGAAGUAUAUGAUAGCACAAUAGGUAACUAUAUGUAAUCUUUCAAUCAAUAAAAAUAAAUAAAAGAAAAAAAAUUCCGCUAUCACGAUCCUAAAACUAAUAAAUCUUAUAAUACUCCAGAAGAAUUUUAUAAAUAUCGUACAAUUUUGUAUAAGUCAGAGCAAAAUCGUUACAAGUAUCUUAUUAAAGUUUACAAAGAUCUCUAAGAAAAGAAGGAAGAGCUGCUAGAAGAAUUUGAGCCAAAACUUAAAGACAAAUAUAAUAAUAAUUGUAAUAAUUCUUCAGAUUCAGAUGACUCUUUAUCAUCAUCUUCAUAAUCCUCAUCUAAUUCAGCAACUUCUUCUGCAGGUAAAAAGAAGAAGAGAAAAUCUUAAUAAAAGAAAAAGAAACAAACUAAGAAAGCAAAAAGUUAAAAAUCUCGUAUUUCAUAAACUGCAGCUGAAAGAGAAGAUGAUGAAAAUGAUGAAGAAAACGAUGAUGAUAAUAAUAAUAAUUAAGAUGAUAAAAUAUUUAUUGACUAAGAUUCAGAUUGA